AAAGCCUGGCCAAUUUUUUAAGUCUUUACAAGGCCCGAAAUGUGGUGGUGGAAGCUGAAUCAAAAAGAAUAAAACAGAGCAUCGCCUUCACAACCUAUUUUUCCAGGAAGGGCACAUGUCCCUGAAGCUGGUAAAACUGUAGUACCGGAACCACGAAACACAGGUUCCUAAGCAGCACGGAAGAACGAUGGUAACACCGCCACGGGGCAGCCGCGUCGAGGGCCCUCCCCAGUCAGCAUAUUUUGGUUCCCGCCCCUCCCUCUUGCUCCUUCUAAUCCCUUCCCCCUCCGCCAAUUCCGGAAGGGAACCCUUUUAAAAUCUGAUCCAAGCUGGAGCGGGGGACCAAAUUCGUGAACACAAUCCGGAGUGGUCAACAUGGCGGCGGCCGUUAGAUGCCUCGGUAGAGAGCCGUCCACCUACGGGUGAGGUGGGAAUGGGAGAGGGGUGUACGUUGACAUCUUUCCAGCACCCACAGGGACAGAGGCAAGGACACGAUUCUGUCUUCGGUACUGGGGAUGUGGGCUGCAGAGGAAAGGAGUUUGAUACCUGAAAUGUUUAUUGUGUCUUCAUUUGCCAAAUACUGUGCUACAUGUUGGGGACAGAAUGUCUUGAUAGCUCAUCAAAGGCAUAGUCUUUCCAAGAUGCCUUAUCAGACACCUCUUUAUCCUUGUUCUGCAUAUGUUCAGACACCCAAUAGACAUUUUGCUGCUGCUACAAAGCCUGCAAAGAAAACAAAAAAAGGUGCCAAACAAAAAACAUUGGAAGAGAAAAAAGAUGAGAUAGAAAAAAUAAAGUCAUACCCCUUUAUGGAAGGCGAACCUGAGGAUGAUGUCUACUUAAAACACUUAUAUCCAAGGCAGAUAUAUGAUGUGGAAAAAGCUAUUCACUUACUUAAGAAAUUUCAAAUUCUGGACUUUACUAAUCCAAAGCAAGGUGUUUAUCUUGAUUUGACAUUGGAUAUGGCACUGGGGAAGAAGAAAAAAGUGGAGCCAUUUGCCAGUGUUCUUAGUUUUCCAUACCCAUUCAUUUCAGAAAUCAAUAAAGUUGCUGUAUUUACAAGGAAUGCAUCAGAGAUUAAAAUAGCAGAAGAAAAUGGAGCCGCCAUUGCAGGAGGAACUGAUCUGAUUCAGAAGAUUUUGGAUGAUGAAAUUCAAUUAGACUUUUAUGUAGCUGUUCCAGAAAUAAUGCCUGAGCUUAAUCCAUUAAAGAAGAAACUGAAAAAAAGAUUUCCAAAGCUUGCUCAAAAUUCCAUUGGCCGUGACAUCCCCAAAAUGCUUGAAUUAUUUAAAACUGGACAUGAAAUUAAGGUAGAUGAAGAAAGGGAGAACUUUCUAAAGACCAAAAUAGCAACAAAAUACAAAGGAUCCAGAAUAACCAAAACAACUUUGACAAAGAACAAAAUUGGAAGUCUACCUGCUUUCAAGAUUUAUAAAACUACAGUAAUUAAGACAAUGUGAUAUUGACAUCAAAAGAGACAAACCAUCAAUGGAAUAGAAUGGAGUCCAAAAAGAAAUGACAGAACAUAUAUGGACAACUGAUUUAAAACAAAGUGCAAAGACAUUUUUAAUGGAGAAAUGACAGCCUUUCAACAAAUGCUACUGAAACAAUUGGAUGUCUUUAUGCAAUAAAAUGAACUUUGACCCACA